UUAUUUAAGACGAUCAUGUUGAAAACAAUAUCUCAAUUGACUCCUGUAGUAGCACCGUCUCAAAUAUGGCUGAAACAUCAGCCAGUGUGCAGUCCGUACAGUGUGGUUGCAUGUUACGGUGUCUCGCGUAACAAUUUACGUCGUACUAUUAUUCAAUCUAAAUGUUCCGUGUUCUGCUUAUACAAAACUACAAGAAGCGAGUUCCAGCAGUCAAGUAAACGUGCUGUCAUCACAUGCUGCGGGACAAAAGAAGAAAAAAUGGCACCAACGCGUGUUAUUCUUAUGUCGUGUGGCAGUUAUAACCCUCCAACCAAUAUGCAUUUAAGAAUGUUUGAAAUUGCCAGAGAUCAUCUUCACAGAAUGGGAACACAUAUUGUGGUUGGCGGUGUUAUAUCUCCUGUACAUGAUGCAUAUGCUAAGAAAGAACUGGCAAGCGCAACGCAUAGAUGUGCUAUGCUGAGAUUAGCUUUACAAAACAGCGAAUGGAUUCGACUUAGCACUUGGGAAACUAGACAGAAUGGUUGGACAAAGACUAGACUAAGUUUACAGUACCAUCAAAAUUUAUUGAACUCUGUGGUAUUUGACUGGACUAAUGUUAAACAUAAUGUAUCAACGGAGGAUCUGGAAUGGAUUCCAGAAAAUGUAAAAAAUAGUUCUGAUCACACUCCAAUCCAAAUUAAAUUAUUGUGCGGUGCUGAUCUAUUAGAAAGUUUUGGAACUUAUGAUCUUUGGGCUGAAGAAGACAUCGAUGCAAUUGUUGGAGAAUAUGGUUUGGUAGUUAUUACAAGGGAAGGUUCUAAUCCAAAUAAGUUCAUAUAUGAUUCAGAUAUUCUUUCCAAGUAUAUGCACAAUAUAUACAUAGUAACUGAAUGGAUUCCAAAUGAAGUUAGCUCAACUAGAAUAAGGAGAGCAUUGAAACGAGGUGAGAGUGUCAGGUAUCUCGUACAAGAUUCUGUGAUUGAUUAUGUCUAUAAGCAAGGAAUUUAUGAUGCAAAGUCAACAACAUCGACAAUUAAGUUGGAACUGACCUCGCCCAACGCGAAUAAUUACUUGACCAUUGAUUCCAAGUAUCAAAGCACCUUUCUCACGCCGUCGCCUAGCGACGUUACCAUGGACUCCCCGAGUCCGAUCGAAAUUAUAUCCAUCGAUGUGCCUGAUACCGUUCUGCGUAAGAAUAUCCAGAACGCAACAAACAUGGCUUGCGUAGCCUCCCGUCACGCCGGCUGCGGUGGCCUCGAGGAGGCGCGCGAGAAAUUCAUUAGCGCUCUCGUUGCCGAGAACGGCAACGCUAAACAUAUAACGACCGCGAAGGCCGCGUAUCCAGGUCUCGCGAAACAGAUCAUCGCCACCGAAACCGGCGAGUCGCAGAUCCUCGACGAGGUAGGUUUCGUUGACGAUGAUAAGAAGGUUAGGAAGGUGGUCAGGGUACAGCCCCGAUCGAGUCAAUUGGAAGAGGUGUCCCCGGGUGUCGCCACCUCGUCAAAACGCGAGAAUCUCGUCAAACUUAAUACGAAGCCGUCAAUCGAGGCGAAAAAUAGCGUAGCUAAAUCGUCAGAGACUAGUAACAGACUUCGAGUCCAGUAUGACGUCAUUGAUGUAGAAUCAGGAGGAAGUAGAGUCAUGAAUCGCGAAGCUAGAUCGUCGAUUUCAUCUUCGACUGUUUCGUCCUCGACGAUGUCCGCUAUGGACAGUGGUGGAGGACGCCACGAAGGCGCUUUAUCUGACUUUAGCGUGGACAAGGAGGAUUACAGGCUCACGCGGUAUGGCUUGGACGACACGGUCGAAGACGAAGUCCAAGACAAGCAUAAAGAUUCUUGGUUAGGUAAACAACGAUCAAACGACUCUAUAGAGAGUCAGCAGGACAGUCUAUCGCGCAAAAAACAAUACCCUGAUCCAAAGGGAAGCGAUGAGGUUUGCGAUCAGGACAGCUUUCCAAACGAUAGCGUUCGAUGCUCAAACACGCAGGUAUUAGUGUUAGUUAGCGCGAUGAUUCAUAAUCCUUUCGACAAGGAAGGUACGACGUUGAUUGUUGAAGAGAACGGGGUACAGGGUAAAGGCGAGAUCACGAUAUACAAAGGCGAGUCGGAUGGAAGUGUCGAUAAAUUGAGUCUCUUGGUGCAGUCGCCUGUUCCGUCGUCCAUUAGCGAAGAGAGCACCGUAAAGAUACAAGAGAUAGUCGAUGAUGGAACGGAAAUCGUAAAAGAAGCUUCCGAUGACUCGUUGGCCUUAGAUGACAAGUCCUCGAAGAGGGACGUAAGCCUAGAAAUAGAUGGUAAGUAUGUAAAGUCAAUAGUGAACGCGCGCAAGAGUCCCAGGAAGACAAAGAACGGUCAGAUGAGAAUACAUAAUGAAAGUGACGAGAAAAGAGUGAAAGAGAACGAAGCAAUAGAGAAGAGCGUCGACUCUGACACGCAAUCGGAAGAAACGUUCUAUAAGACUCUCUCGACUGCUUCUUCAUCGAGAUCAAAGAGCCCUAAAAGAGAAAGCAAAUCUCGAUCGAAGAUUCACGAGUCUAUGAUCAGCGAUGAGAGAACCAAGAAGGUGAAACGGUACGACGCGUCAUUAAAAGGAAGUCUCGAUUCGGUGAUCGCCACGAACGAUUCAAGGACGAUUUCUAGAAGGAGAUCGAAGGCUGAGGAAACGUUCUCGAAGAAAUCGAAGAGCUGCGAGUCCAUUAAGAAGAUCCAGGAAGUGUGUUACGAAGAUCCUUCCAAAGCGGACAGUACGUCUCAGCUGAUCACGGCGAACGAACUAGACAUGCAAACCGACGAAUUUUGCUUUGCCUGCUGCUACGUGAACGAAUUGUCUUUAAGGACGGAAGAGAUACUGGGAACGGAAGAAGUAAUCAUGCGUUCCAAUUGCAGUUCCAUCAUCGACGAAGAUUCUACGGAAUGCGAUAUUUGUAGUUCUUGGAAUCUGCAAGAGUCGACUGACACCUUGGAUCGGAAACUCAUUUCCUCCACGACCGACUGCGAUCAGCUAUGCGAGGUUUGUGACAUCUGCAACGAGAUCUGUGCCACAUUCAACCCCGACCAGGAGCCAAGAUCGUACUCUACCAGGGAUCCAAGAGAUUUGACUCAUAGUCGGGCGGUCGAGUCUUCCUCGAGAAGUCUUCCUAAGAACAGUUCCAGAAUCGACGACAGUAUCGCGACUAAUCCGUCUCUGGACGAUGACAGCUUCGAGAUUGAGAACUGUGGAUUCCAGAGUGGACCAAAGUCGAUGGACGAUCGAAAGUUCAGCGAUCAAAUAAGCGAAAUACAAUUUUCCAAGUCUUUCAAUAUCUCCGAUUCGGCUGUUAUUAAAAAGAAAUCACGCGAUAAAUAUUUUAUUCCUAAAGACGAGUUGGCUAUCCUGUCUAGUAAUUCCAGGCGCAUGAAUCGCAAGGGAUCGUUAUUUAGAAAAAAACCAGCCGAGGAUCCUGCCAACGUUUCUCAAGAUAAGAGACGUUAUUCCUCGGUGGAUAAUCUUCAAUCAGCCAGAACAUCUUCCAGAAACAAUGACAAAGUUCUGAGGCCUAAGAACAGCAAGCUGAUCGGCUCAGCGGAUAAUAUACGCGCUUCUAGAAGCUCCAGAAGAUGCAAAUCGUUGCAGAGAUCGGCAGACAAUGUUCGAUACGUGGAUUCGUCCACGGACAAUUUGGAUUCUCUGGUGGAAAGUUUAGGAAGGGAGGACGAGACGCAAGAUGACGUCAACUGGAUAGAGAAGCCUAAAGUCAGGGAUAACGAAACUGUAAAGAUGAUCCUGACCAAGCAUGGAAUUAAGAUAAUUAGCGAAAAGGAAACCGCUCUGUAAUGAAAUUAGAAUGACGAUAUAAAAAUUCAACGAAUUUGGAGGAACGUAAUUUGUUCGGAGGAAAUCGCUCACGUUAGUUAAAGAAAAAAUGUUGCAAGAAAUAUAUACAUAUAUUAUUAUUAUACACGACACAAAUUAGUUUGAACUCUCGUUAGGCUAACUGCAAACCUUAGGAUGCAGACUUAUCGACUCUCUUGUGAUAAUUCUGACCGAUAUAUCGUCUUCAACAGAUACAAGAUUUUUCACAUUAUAAUAGAAACUUAGUUAACGAAUAUACGUAUCUAUAUAUAAAGAGGAAAGAAGAAAAAGAAAUAUAUAUAUACAUAUACAUAUACAUAUUAUAUAUUUAUAACUCGGGAAAGAGGUUCUUUUCCGAGAGAAAGAGAAACGCCAAAUGUUACGAGAUUUGAUCCUACUCACAGAUUCUAUUUAAUUAAUAACGAUGAUGUUCACGCGACCGAGACUCUUUACGAAAAUCCGCCAGAAAGAUAUUGCAUAAAAAGAGAGAGAAAAUGGAGCAAGAUCUCAAAGCGUGAUAUUGUUGAGCCGUACGCUGUUCGUCGUGAAUAGAAGGAAAAGAGUACUAAAACGAUAUGCAUACAAGAGUACACAGGCCUUGGGAGAACUCCUUUAGGAUAGGAAUACAACCAGAGAAAACGAUAUUAUAUAUGUAUAUUAUUAUUAUUGCGUUAUAACGAACUGAACUAACAGUCGCUGCUGUUGAGCGUGAUUAAACAAAUUAAAUGAAUCACGAGGUGUUUCGUUGUCGCGUGCGUUGGAAGGAAAUAUUAAAGAAAAAAGCUCGAUAAAUUUCAAACAAAUACGAAAUAAAAGGAAGAUUACAAACUAUUGUGGAAGAGAAAUGAGUUCCGGACAACGCACGAGCAUCGAGAACAGUAAAUUAUCGAGACAAUCCUACAAUUAACUCGUCAAUAUUAUACGAAGAGAAUAAAGAAUGGUUUCGAUUAACCAUAAAGUAUUCUAUACAUAUAAACUACGUAAGCGAUGCGUUACGAUGGGCUGCGGUACAUCGAUCGGGGAGGCCGUGAUUAAUUAAUGUCGCUUCUAAUGGAAACCGCUGAUCUCAGUUUACCUUUCGUCGUGUGCAAAGGAGGAAAGGGAUCAAAAGAAAAAAAAGGGGGGGAGGGUCAGAUGAAACGAUAAAGAGGACGUGCAAUUUCGUUUGGAAUACGAAAUUUCACGAGAAUGAAUUAUUCGUGAAUUUAGUGACUGCCUUUCUGCGCGACGAAUCUGACGAUAUAACAAUUAAUUAAUUGAUUACGGUUUACACAUACAUACAUACAUUACACCUCUGCCAAAUAAUUUUUAUUAAGAACGUGCCAAUUGUCUUUUAAUAUCUUUUUAGACAUCGUGUUUUUUACUCUUUCGAAAUCGUUGAUAUUUUUUCAACAAAAGCGAUUCAAAGGGAGAUCGAGAAGGGAGAGAAAACGUGGAACGUUCCUCGAUUCCGUCACUGUCGCUCAUCGAGCAUAAUGCGUAAUUUUUAUGCGUAUAUUCGUAUUUACAUUUUUUUUUCUCUUUUUUUUUAAGUCAAUCUCUCUCUUUCGUAUCUUUUUGUAUCCUGUAUGCACGGUGUCAUGCGCCUCUCUUUUUGUCGUAAGUCUCGCUUAGAGAAAUCCAUCCAGCGAUCGUAAUUGCUGUCUUUUAGCGAAUAUUUUUUCCAAAUAUUGAUCAACCACUCCACUGCAUCUAACUGUGAUGAUAUCGUUCCUGGAAGGAGAAGAAUAUACAGAGAAAUCUCUGACAAAUAUCUUUCCUUUUACGAUCGAUACUUUUUCUUCUCUAUCCUUCUUUCUUUCUUUUACAAGAUUUUUAUUAUCAAACGUUUGCUCAGAUUAAUCGUUAACGAGAGUCACAAGACUCGAUUGUAAAUACGCUUAGGUGCAAUGGAAACGAAUCGUUGUUUGAUAUAAUGGCUGAGCUUCUUAGGCGUAUUACCUGUAUUUUCAUAGUGCCUAAUUUCCUAUUCUUCUGCCAGCAAUCGCGCCUAUUUUGGCGAGCCAUUGUCAAGGUGCAUCGUGUCUGCGAAUGAUUUUGCGAGAUGCGAUACUUUUUUACAUUUUGUUUCAUUCUUUUUUUUCUUAGCCGAUAAGGACAAAUUGUUUUGUUCUCGAACACACACCAUCAUCCUCCUUUCUAUCACAGCCCUGUUCUUUUUCUUUAGUCUUCUUGAUGCGCAAGCCUAAUUCUUUUACACAUCCCCCCUCCCCUUUCGAGCAAACUGUUGUUCCGCUCUUGUUAUUUGUAUAGUAACGUAGAUAGACGAAGGUGGCGAGAAAUAUGCUCAAGCUGACGGUAUUCAUUGUUUAAAAUUCAUGUAAAAGUGCUUCCUAAGUGCGACUAAAACGGCUCUAGGCCACCCUUGUAUCUUUUUGGACCAAUUCCGCUUCUUUUUUCUAUUCCUGUAUCGUUCGUUUCUUUGUUGUCUGUAUUUUUCGAUUAUUUCGUGAGACAUGUGAAAUGUGUUUGGCCAUCACGACUUCUAUCAUGCAAUCGCUUGUCGAAUAAAAAUCUUCGUUGUCUAAACCGUUUCUCUUAUUCGUAUUCGUACCGCGAAGUGUUCCCUGAAAAAUUGAAGAAAGAGAAGAAAGCGUACAAUUUGACUGUGUACAGAUCAGUAUUACUGUUCAAUUUUUUAGAUAAUCCUAUCAUAUAUUAAGCAUUCGGUAUUGUUAAUACUUUUAAGUAACGUUACAGAUUACGCGUGAUAUUCACUAUUACUUAAGAGAUCUCGCGAUACGUUAACGUUAAUGUCACAUGUUAAUGCUAUAUCAUGUAGAAAACG